AUGAUAUUACAAGUCGUCGAAUUUUGCGACGCUUCAUAUCCUCUGCCUGAUUUACGAUGCUGGUCUUAUGUUGUUGAAUGGCAGGCGGACACGACAUUUGAUAUACCAAGUUUAACGGACUAUUAUGAUGAUAUGAAUACACUAUUCAGGAUACGUACGUCUGGUCCGACUGCUAGCUUUGCAUUUUUGCGGCUGAGAAUGUUGGAAACCAAAUUCGAGCUCUAUGGCAUGACAUGCUCUGAACAGGAGAACGUUCAAUGCGGAGCGAUCCCCCAUCGUGAUUUCUAUAACGUCAGAAAGGUCGACACGCAUAUUCAUCACUCGGCUGCUAUGAAUGCAAAGCACCUGCUCCGAUUCAUCAAACGUAAAGUGGCCAAUCAUGCUGAUGAUGAAGUCCUGCCAGGCAAAACGCUCGGCCAGGUAUUCGAUCAACUUGGAGUGAAGCCUCACGACUUGUCAUUGGACAAACUAAACGUGCUUGCAGACAAGAGCACUCUGUAUAGAUUUGAUCGCUUUAAUGCGAAGUAUUCACCGCUCGGCGAGCCCAUGUUACGUACGAUCUUCUUGAAGACUGACACUUUCAUGGUGGGCCGUUAUCUAGCCGAACUCACCAAGGAGCUGUUGGAUGACCUGAAGGAUAAUAAAUAUCAGAAUACGGAAUGGCGUCUGUCGAUAUACGGCCGUUCGAAGGACGAGUGGCUCAAGCUCUCACGUUGGGUCCUUAAUCACGGUUUGAUUCACGAGAACAACCGAUGGAUGAUCCAGAUCCCACGACUGUAUUCAAUAUACAAGAAAAAUGGAGAAAUUCAAAAUUUCCAAGAAUUUCUGUCUAACAUAUUCGAGCCGCUCUUCGCGGCCACGUUUGAUCCCCAGGGGCAUCCGGAAGUCUACAAGUUCAUGGACCAAGUAUCGGGCUUCGAUACUGUUGAUGAUGAAUCGAAAUCACCGAUGCCAAAUGACCGCAACUUCUCGAGCCGUCAGCUCACUCCUGAUAUGUGGGAUCUCGCGGACAAUCCAAGUUACAAAUACUACAGUUACUACAUCUACGCGAAUAUCAGAGUGCUCAACAUGUUGAGGGAACACCGAGGGCUACGGCCUUUUGAUUUCAGGCCGCACUGCGGUGAAGCUGGCGAAAUACAUCACUUGGACACGGCCUUCUUGCUUGCUAGUAACAUUUCCCAUGGCAUCAAUCUCAGGAAGAGCCCUGUUCUGCAGUAUCUCUUCUAUCUGGCUCAGAUCGGAAUCGCGGUUUCGCCGUGUUCGAACAAUCAGUUAUUCCUGUCAUACAAUAAGAACCCCUUCCCGGCGUUCUUCGCGAGAGGGCUCAAUGUUAGUCUCUCUAGCGAUGAUCCGCUUAUGUUUCACCAGACCAGAGAGCCAUUGGUCGAGGAGUACAGCAUUGCAAAGCAGGUGUGGAGGCUGAACUCAGUUGACAUGUGUGAAAUCGCGAGGAACUCGGUUUUGAUGUCCGGAUUCCCCGACAACGAUAAGAUCCAUUGGGUCGGGUCACUGGACCGAUCCAAGAACGAGGUGGAAAAGACGAACGUUCCUAGUAUUAGACAUAAGUUCCGUGUUAGAACAUAUUAUGAAGAAUGGAAGAUAAUUCAAGGUGAGCGCCCUAAAGGCGACUCGCUCAUGGGCUAUGCUGAGACGCAGUUCUUAAGAUCGCCGUCAUUCCGUGCUCCUAUGGUUCCACAUGCCCUCCCUGAAGAGUUCCCUCUUAAUGACCUUCAAAUGGAAGGGGCCACUGGAGAAGAGAUCGCAUCACAAGAGCAGGUUCCCGAUGAUGGCGACAUUGCAAGCGUUCAAUACGGUAACAGUACUUUACAUCAUCAACCAUCUAGGCAGAGUCUCAACUUGAAUCUAUCGCCAACUUCGCCAUCUCGGAGCCCUAGGAGAUCUACCCUACGGGCGAGUAUCGUCCUCCCGUGAGUCACUUUCACGUUCCUCACAAUCCUACAGUUAACGUUCCUCCUC